CAUACUUUGCUGGGGACCUAGCUGGCUUGUAGGACAUUCGUUUCUAAAGGUAGCGAUGCCGCAAUAAAUCACACUGGUAUGGUGUUAUUCGUGUGCUUGGCGCAAGUGGGGACCGUAUAACUAGUUAGGAACAUGGUCCGCAAAUCGAUCUUACCUCUUAUAAGGGCGCUGUUAGCUAUCUGCGUUUGCGCGCAAGUUCGAGCGGCGCAGCCGUCUAUCUUGGUAAACGAGGUUGGAAGCCAAGGACGCGAGCGUUUACUGCUUCAAGGCGUUAACGCGUCAGCUGCCGUCGUGGUCGGGAACUAUGAUUCGCCUUUCUGGGCUAUCGUCGACCACGGCGUUGAUUUCCCGGACACCGAGGCAAAAUGGAUUUGGUCGUCUCCGUUUUCGGCGUAUAACACGUCAACGAACAAGUACUUCACGUUCAUAAAGGCCUUCGCCGUUGGCGAAAUGAUUAACGCUACAUUAUACUUAAUUGCCGACAGUGAAGCUGACGUCUACCUCGACGGCGAGUUAAAGGGCUCUCAGCGCGGUGGUUGGUACACUUGGGGUGAAGUCAUGACGCCCAUCAAGCUGGUUCUGCAGCCCGGAAUCCACACCCUCAGUUUGUUGGGGGUGAACUACCCCUGCUACGAAGGCUGCAACAACCCAGCGGGUGUGCUGGCAGUCCUGGUAGAUGACAGCAGCAGUGAAGUUAUUGUACGGACGGACGAAUCCUGGUCUUGGACAUACAAUGGUACCGAGGGUGAUAUCCGACUUGUUGCCAGUAGCGGUCUGGUCCCUGACCAGCAGCAGGGCGUGGUCCAGAUCUUACUAUCGCGCCGCUGGGUCAGCCUGCACCAAUACAGCUGGGGCCUGCGGGAGGCGCGCGCCGCAUGCAGGCAGCUGGGCUGGGGUACAGGCAGCCCCGUCAUCAGCGCAGGGAUGCGGUACGGCAGCCGGCCUGAACCCGUGUACAGCAGCUGGUACUGGUACUGCGACUGGAGCAAGAAUCGGCUGGUGGACUGUGGGGGCUACUCGUGGACUCUGUCGUUGUUUACGAAAAACGGCACCGAGUUCAAUGAGACCGCGGGUGUGGAGUGCCGCAACGACCCGCCCGCCCGCGACGGCGACCUGCGGCUGCUGGGCGACAAUGCCACCCUCAGCGGCGCCGGCGUCGUGCAGGUUUACUUCGCCGACACCUGGGGAUACUUCAGCAGCUGGGCCAGCUGGGACUACCUGGACGCGCGCGCCGCCUGCAGGCAGCUGGGCUGGGAGACGGGUGCAGCGCUCGGGGACGCGGGGGCGCUGUACGGCAGCGCGGUGGUGGUGGGGCCCGUGUGGCGGCUUUACCCUUACUGCAGUUGGUGGGAUACCCGGCUGAUGAAUUGCUCGCUGGGCGGGAGCUACGAGUACCUGGAGGCGACGGACGCGCACGGGUUCAACCACACGGCGGGCGUGCAGUGUAGGAACGAGCUCCCCGGCGAGGGCCAGCUGAAGCUGGUGGGCAGUGACACGCCGGGCCGCGGCACGCUGCUGGUGUACCACGCGGGUGCCUGGGGGGCCAUCUCUUCCAGCUUGGACUGGCAGGCGGCGCGGGUGGUGUGUCGGCAGCUGGGCUGGGCCAGCGGCGACCCCGUGACGAGCUCCAAGUACGGCAGUGCCUCGGGGCGGCUGCUGCGGACGUCGCUGCAGUGCGCGUGGGACAGCCCCAGCCUGUUCGAGUGCCCCAGGAGCUCAGACUUCGAGGACGAUGGCCUCAUCCCCAACGACUACCCCUGGCUGGCAGGCGUGGAGUGCUACAACGAGACGGAGGCUGUGCGCCUGAUGAGCGGCGGCCUGGACUCCCGCGCCAACGGCAGCGGGGUGGUGCAGGUGCUGUACAGGGGCGUGUGGGGCGCAGUGGAGCAUAGCUACUGGGACUGGCGCGACGCGCGGGUGGCCUGCAGGCAGCUGGGCUGGACCACCGGCUACCCGGUGCAGGGGGCGGGGGCGGUGUACGGCAUCCCACCGGGAUCAGUGUACGGCGUGGGGUACGGCUGCGUGUGGAAUGAGAGCAGCCUGGGGGAGUGCAACCGGAACAACAACCUUGAUGUGUACACCACCGACAGCACCGGCCUCACAUCGCUGGCAGGAGUGCAAUGCGUCAAUGAAACGGAUGGGCCCGAGGGUGCACUGCGACUCACGGCCGGCCCCACCGCACUGUCCGGCACCGUGGAGAUCUGGUAUAACGGCAGCUGGGGCUCCGUCUACCAGUCCCGUUCCUGGGACUGGCGCGCGGCCCGGGUGGCGUGCCGGCAGCUGGGCUUCCUCAGCGGCAAGCCGGUCUUUAACGCGGUGUACGGCAAGAGCAGGGGCCCUGUGUGGCUGACCGAGGUGGUCUGCAAUGGCACGGAGGCGCGGCUGACGGACUGUCAGCGGGGGAAAUUCGGUGAUUACCAAUACUGGGGCGGCCACGACGGGGACGCGGGGGUGGAGUGCAACAACGAUCCAGACCCCGAGGAAGGCGAGUUGCGGCUGGCAGGCGGAGCCACCGCCAACACUGGCCAGGUGGAGGUGUUUUACAACGGCAGCUGGGGAGCCGUUUGCGGAAACAUCUUCAAAGUGUACGAGGCGGCAGUGGUGUGCAGGCAGCUGGGCUACCGCGGCACCCCCCGUGUGGAGCCGCUCCUGCCCGGCCGCCAGCGCCCCGCAUUUGUUGCCUGGCAGCUGGCGCCCGCCUGGCUGGCCAACCUGCACUGCGUCGGCAACGAGAGCCGCUUGAUGGACUGCCCGGGGGCCGAGACGCCGGGGCAGACCUGGGGCUGCAGCGCGGGCGCGGGAGUGACGUGCGGCCUGGACACCCUUCCCCCUGAGGGCUCCCUGCGCCUCAUCUCGCCCGAGGGCAACAACAGCCGGGGUCAGCUGCAGCUGCUGCACAACGGAAUCUGGGGCGUCAUCGAUCAAACCGGGUUCGACUGGUACGCGGCCCGGGUGGCGUGUCGGGAGCUGGGCUUCCAAAGCGGCAAGCCCGUGGCUUACAGCGUGUAUGGAGGAGGCGAGGAUCUGCCCAUGUGGCUUGCCAACCUCCAAUGCGCUGGCAACGAAAGCAGACUGGUGGAUUGCCCUCGCCCCUAUCCCUUCCUCGACGACUGGUUUGUCUACCAGGGCAACGAGGGGCAUACGGCAGGGGUCAUCUGCUCGGCAGAGCCCAACCCCCCUUCCGGCUCCCUUCGUCUGGUUGAGGGUCCGGCCCCCUGGGCGGGUCGGCUGGAGAUGUGGUCCGACGCGGCGGGCGCCUGGGGCACACUGUGCAGCAACGCCUUCACCGACCAGGCCGCGCAGGUGGUGUGUCGGCAACUGGGCUACACGGGCGGCAGGGCUGUGGGCAUCGGCGCCUUCCACACCGGCGCCAGCAGCGAUGUGAGGGGCUCGUACCAGCCCUUCGCGAUUAACUCGGUGACGUGCAUCGGGGGCGAGGGCGCGCUGACCGAGUGCGCCUACUUUGAGGGCGCCCAGCCGGGCUGCUACUCGGACCACUCCUAUGAUGCUGCGGUGUGGUGCGAUGCGCCCGGGACAGGCCAUGUCACCGCACCUGGCUCAGUGCGGCUGCUGGGCGGUCCAGGGCCCUGGUCGGGCAGAGUAGAGGUCUACUACAACGGGACGUGGGGCUCUGUGUGCAACGGCGACCUCACGGCCUUGGACGCGCAGGUCGUCUGCCGGCAGCUGGGCUACUACGGAGGCCGCGCCGCUCCACACACAACGCUGCAGUACAGCUACGGCUACGACGGCCGCUCCUCCGCCCCCAGCUGGCUGGCCCGCCUCGGCUGCACCGGCAGCGAGACCGCCCUCGUGCAGUGCCCGGGUGUGGGCGGGCUGGGCAAUGGCUCCUCGUGGGACCCGCAGUCCUGCGGGCAGUACCACUAUUGGUCGGACGCUGCGAUCAUGUGUAGCACAGCACCGCAGGGUGUGCUGCUGGACGCGCCGCUGGACUCCCCGCCUCAGGACUCGGAAAAGCUGGGAAGCCCGUUGCCGAGCCGCCUUGUCUGCCCUGACGAUUCCCUGCCCGGCGGCCUAGCCUUGCAAGUCGACAUGCCUCCCUUCGAAGGCAAUGAAGCCGAGAGCGCGGGCUUGGUAGGACUGCGCCUGCUCUGCUACCAGGACGGCGCCCUCCUCACCACCCUCACCUCCGGCGAGCCCUACCCCUGGUCCAACACCGCCACUUGGAGCAACAGCUCCUGCACGCGCGACCCGGCCACUGGUGUGAUGCCAUACAUCACGGCGGCGCGCAUUCGGGUGGCGGGCGAUGUGAACGACACCGCGAGUGCGGUGGACGCGCUGGGAGUGACGGAUGUGGAGUUGCAAUGCAGCGACGGCCAAGCCCUCUCUGAGAUGGGGCUGAGCAACGGCACCUGGGGCGAGUGGGCGACCUGCCCCCAGGGCACAGCGCUGUGCGGGCUGGGGCUGCAGUUCAAUGGCUGGCGAGGGCAGGGAAUGCAGGGCGCCAAUGAUGACACCGGGGUCACGGGCCUCAAUGUGUCCUGCUGCGCACUGCCCCUUGGCUUCAACGCCAUAUACGGCUCCCGGCGCGUGCGGCUGGCCGGCGGCAGCACGCCCCAGGAGGGCCGCGUGGAGGUGCUCUCACCCGCCGACAACACCACGUGGGGCCUGGUGUACGAGGAAGGCUGGGAUGCGCGGGAUGCCCAUGUCGUCUGCCGCGAGCUUGGCUGGAAGACGGGACGACCCGUGGGUCAGGCGGGAGAGCUGUACGGCCGGGGUCUUGGCCCUCUGCUGUACAUUGGCGUGGAUUGCAAGGGCACCGAGUCCAGCCUGGUCAACUGUGCGGUGGGCGAUUGGCCCGCACCCGCUGACAACUACCAGCGCGGCUACUCGGCCGGUGUCAUUUGCAGCGCAGACCCUCCUCCUAAUAUGGGCACUGCCCGCCUGGUUGACAUCCCGGGCGGCCAGGACCCUUUGUCCGGGGUUGCGGGCCGUGUGGAGGUGUAUUGGAACUACAGCUGGGGUGCCGUCAGCAUGGGCAGCACCUGGGACAACAAGGCGGCAACGGUGGUGUGCAGGUCGCUGGGUCACCGCUGGGGCCGCGCAGUCCCCGCCCGCGACCUGGUUCCCAAGCCCGGCUACCCGCUCCCCGUGGUGGCUAGCAGUGUGGACUGCAAGGGGGACGAGGCGUCCUUGCUGCUGUGUGCCACGGAAGGCGGCUUCCAGACCACCUUCGACACCUACUCGCGCUACUACGACGCGGGCGCCAUCUGCACGAACGACACGAUACCAACAUCUGGCUCGUUGCGUCUGUGCUACGGUGCCACCCCCGCGGAGGGCCGCCUGGAGGUGUUCCUCAACCUCACCUGGGGCCGCGUGGCCACCUCCGGCGGGAGUUGGCCCUACUUCUUCGACCAUGCAGACGCGCGGGUGGCGUGCCGGCAGCUGGGCUACAGGGGGGGAGGCUGGGCGGUCAACGGUGCCGGCUGGAGCGGUACGAACGAGGGCCCAAUAUGGCUGAGCGGUCUGACGUGUGCGGGCAAUGAGACGUCGCUGCUGGGCUGCCUGCCGGGCAGCAACAACAAUACCUGGUUCCGACACGAUGCGUGGUGGCUGGGAUCGGCGGGAGCGAUCUGCAAGCAGGACGACCCGGCCGACGGCACCCUGCGGCUGGUGGGCAGCAGCCCCUCCGCGGGUCGGCUGGAGGUGGCGGUGGGCGGCAUGUGGGGCACGGUGGACCCCACUGGCUGGGGCUGGGCGGAGUCGCUGGUGGCGUGCAGGGCGCUGGGCUUCAAGAGCGCCCUGGACAUGGGCUCCGGUGUGGGCGAGGUGCCGCAGACCGGCACCACCACCACCUCCUUCUUCCUGCCCGUGUGGCUCUCAGGCGUCAAGUGCAACGGCUCCGAAACCUCCCUGGCCUCCUGCCAGGGCGGCACCUCGUACGGGCCCCCCUCGGGAAUGACCUACGGCCAACCCAACUCCUACGGCCGGCUGCUGCUGCGCUGCUCUCAGCAGGAGCCUCCCGCACCGCUGUCCGUGCGGCUGACGGGCAGCCCCGUGCCGUACAUGGGCCGCCUGGAGGUGUACUGGGCGGGCUCCUGGGGCACCAUCUCACGCUCCACGUACUACGGCGGCUUUGAUGCUAGCUUUGGAGCCGUGGAGGCGGCGGUGACGUGCCGCAUGUUGGGCUAUGAGCCGCUUCACGGCAACACCUCCGACGUGCUGCGUGGGGACAGCUUUGGGGAGCCGUACUCCCUGAUCCCCGUGCACUACCAGCCAUUCGCCUGCAGCGGCAUAGAGAAGUCCCUGUGGGACUGUCCGGGCUACGCAGGGCCCACGAACCACACGAGACUGGGUGUCCUCAACGGUGCAUAUUGGACCGAGUCGGAAUCACACAGCUACGACGCGGGCCUGGCUUGCAAGCCGCCACCCAACGAUCCGGUGCGGUACUCACCGCCACCCCGGCCGCCUCCGGGACCUCCCUCCCCGCCCAAGCCCUCCCCUCCAUCGCCUUCGCCUAGCCUUCCUCUCAGCCCACCCAGCCCUCCGUCAGGCCCUCUUCCCCCGCCACCUUCCAGCCCCCAGCCUCCCUCGCCCCCCCGACCUCCACGCCAGCCUCCCAGUCCACCCCAAUCCCCUCCGCAGCCCAGCCCGCCUCCUCCCCCUCCCAGCCCGCCUCCCUCCCCGCCCGCCCCGCCUCCCCCGCCCCCGGCCUUCGAGGUGCUGUCCGUGUCCCCCGGCCUGCUGCCGCUGGCGGGCGGCACCCUCACUGUGGCGGGCCGCUUCGAGGUGUGGCCGUCGGAGGAGCUGGUGACGUUCACCUGCGUGUUCGCCCUGACGGAUGCCUCCGGGGGCAUCAGGGCGGUGACCUCCAACUACACGGCGGAGCGCCCCUCCGUGUCCGCCCUCCUCUGCCCCACCCCGGUGGCUCGCAGCUCCGCCGCCUACCUGCAGCUCAGCAUCGCCCGCAGCCCCGCGCGACCCGGCAUGGGGGAGCUGCAGGAGGUGGUGGCCUACCCGGAGGUCGUCAGGUACUACGCGCCCUGCCCCGCCGACUGCAAUGACCACGGCAGCUGCCGACUGGGCGUGUGCAGCUGCAGCGAGGGCUGGACCGGGAAGGACUGCGGCACACCGGUACCGGUCUUCGCCAUUAUCGGCCUACAGAACGGCCCCAGCAACGGCGGGCGACAGGUGCUGAUGGAGCAAUCCCCCUGGACCGCCCAGCCCCUCCUCGCCAACCCCAUCCCCGCCACCUGGCUCCUCUCAACCGACCUGCCCGGCAUCACCAUCAACCCUACAACCGGCCAGUUAGACUGGCCUGCUGCGGUCGCCCCCGACACCUCCGCAUCGUCCCACCUGGUCGCCCUCACCGCGGUGUCUUACGCCGGAAAGAUGGCGACCUACAGCUUCUACAUCUCUGUCGUACCGUCUUACGGCAUCAGGGAGCUAAGGCUGCCGGGCGGCUCGAGGGCGGCUCCAGGCAGCCGGAUUGCCAUCCUGGGCCGUCUGGGCUGGAGCCAGGCGGCGAUUGCUGCAGGAACAGAUGCCAGCAGCUCGCUCCCCUCCCUGCCAGUGCUGGUGCUGGUGCGCCAGACCUCCCAGCUGGGCUCCUCCUCUUCCUCCAGCAGUGGCUUCCAGGUGCUGCGGACCAACAGCAGCUCGGCUGACGGCGCAUUCACGCUGGAGCUGCUAGUGCCGCAGAGCAGCAUGGGCUCCCUGGACGUCUUCGCGCUGCACCCCGCCGCCACCCUGGACGACACCGCCCCCUCGCCCUCCCCCGCGGACGACCUACCCCUCUUCCAGCGCCGCACGCAGCUGUCCGUGCCCUUCGUCGCCGCCGCCAUCAACCGGGACGCGGGCAACACCAGCAGCCAGCUGGACCCGCGGUUCGCCCAGCCCACCCUGUCGCUGGGUCCAGGCAGCAGUGCGCAGCUGGGGGAGUUUGCGCGCCUAGUAGGCUCUCUCGAGGACCUGACCUCCCUGGCCGUCACUGUGCGCACCCGCCUGGUCUCCUUCUCCGGACUUCCGCCCAGCCUCACAGUCAACGCCACCCUCGCAGCGCCUCCCGCGCCCCUCUGCACCUCCAACUCGUCCUCCAACUCCUCCAGCCCGGCCAUCUGCCAGGAUGUGCAGGACGCCACUGCCAGCUCGGCCCCCGGCAGUGCGGCGCUGCAGCUGCAGGUGGCGUCGGCGCUGGUGCCGGGUUCCGGAGCGGCGGAGCUGGAGCUUGUGUUCACCCUGCGCGGCGGAGUGAGCAACGCCACCACCACCCUGCUGCUGCGGGUGCUGGUGGACUCGGCGCGGGUGGAGUUGGUGGCCGACCCGGCGGGUCGCUUGUCCGUGGUGCUGCCGCCCAGGGGUGGUACCAAUUUGCACCUCACAAUCACCAACAACGGCAACAUUGCUUCAGGGCCUUUGCAGCUGCCCGCCAUGCCCGCCGGCGGCUCUUGGCUCAGCCCCACCACCCCCCUGCCCCUUGCCUCCCUCGACCCCGGGGCCUCUGCCUCCCUAGAAUUCUGGGUGGCCGUGCCAUCGACCGCUCACCUGGGCGACUCCUUCACCGUCAGCACCACCCUCUACAGCAGCGUGACCCCCGGGUCGGUGCCGCUGUCUUUCGAGCUGGCAGUCGCCUCGGAGCCGCUGGGCAACCUGGAGGUGACGGUGGUGGACGAGUACACCACCUACGACCCCGCGCAGCCCCGGGUUGCUGGGGCCCGCUUGGUGGUGUGGUCGCAGGACGGCAGCACCAUGAUUGCCAGCGGCAUGACGGGUGCUAACGGCACGUUCACGUUUGCUAACCUGACGGCGGGCUACACGUACGCGGUGGACGCCUUCGCCGCAAACCACACCUCCGCCCGCCGCACCGUCACCAUCACAGGCGGUGCUCGCAGCCUGCGUAUCUUCCUGUCCCGCAGCGCCGUGCGCGCCUCCUUCGCCGUCAUCCCCACCUCCUUCCAAGAGGUGGUCGACAUUGUGGUCAACGUUGAGUACCUCACCUUCGUGCCUAUGCCGGUGGUCCGGGUGGAGCCACCUCUGCUCUACGUGGAGGACAUGCUGGCGUCCCGCACCCUGCAGCUGCGCAUCAUCAACACGGGGCUGGUGGCAGCGUCCAAUGUGCGCCUCAACGUGCCCGUAAACAGCCCGUACUACACACUAGGCUUCCUGGGCGCCCGCUGGCUACAGCAGGAGAACGUCACGAUGGACGAGCCCGCCGACAUUAUGGUGUCAUCCUCCGCCACCUCCUUCAACUCCACUGCCGUCAUCGACCUCUCCAGCGACAACCUGUACGUGCAGCUGGGCCGCCUGCCCGCCAUCAGCACACUGCUGCUGGAGCUGGCGGUGGCGGACAGGAACAAGGGCGGCUCCGGGGCGGGGAACAGCACUGGCGGGACGGUGGACGGCGGCUCCGGGUCGACAGGCGACACCUCCGGGACAGGCGGCGGCUCCGGGGGAGAGGACGGCGGCUCAGGAGGUACUGGAGGCAGCGGCGGGGAGGAUGACAGCGGCCCUGACAUGUGCGGUUGGUCGGGGCAGUCGGAUCUGGCGUGGUGGGACCCUUGCGACCCAGGCGCGGACCGGGGCACCGCCGUGUCCAUCAUCAGCAGGACCUUCAACCCCAAGUGCGUAACGUCAUGUUGCGGCAGUAACUUCGUGCGAGAUAUGACCGAUUACAGCAAUCCAAGCGGUGGCUCUGAAAUUGGACCCAGUACUUCUUCUUCUACUAUUAUUAAUUACAGCGUCCUAAAAUGGGGCCUGUGCAACGAGUGUGCUACUCACUGGUUUGAUGUGGGCUUGUGUCUGGCUAAGGACGUUAUCGCCCCCUGGAGCAAACCCGCGGGCCAAUUCAUCGAUAUUAUCCGCCGUGUAUAUAGCGUGAUGAUUAAGGCCGGCGCUGUCCGGCGCUCGUUGUUUGAGACGAGUGCAGGUGUGGGUGCUCUUGAGGGAAACUCCCAGCUGCCCUCGCCUGCGCUGCCCGGAAAGCACUCGUCCCCACUCCUGGCCAUCGCCCAUACACCUGCUGCUACCACUGCUCCGGUUGCCAGGGAGGGCGCGGCUCAGGUUGCCGAUCAGAAGCAACAACGCAGCCUGAUUGAGUUGUCGAAGAUGCAGCGACUGUGGGAUGAGGACGGUGACAACGACUCUCCAGUCGUCGUCCAGGCGGCUGUGUACGACCAGUUGGAGGAAGGGAGCGACCCGUGGGUCACCCGCCGGUCACUCCUAGACAUCCCUGGAAUCCCCGGCGGCUUGUCAGGCCCAUCAGAAAUGAUUGUGGAUAUCAUCAAGGACAAGACUAUCGGCAAGUUGCCGUACAUUGGCUGCCUGCUGGACCCGGUGCUGGACUGUUUUGGCUUCUGGGAUUUCCUACAGGACAAGUCGGUGAUGUGUUUUCGGCCCUUGGCGACUUUGCUGCUUCACAAGGCAUACCUAUCCCGACAACUGGGCAUCACCGACGCAGUCUAUCGGCGGACCCCUCCUCCUCCUCCGGCGCCGGGUGUUCCCGCAGCCCCGCCACCACCCUGCAGCCGCUGGCGCCCGCCCUCGUCAUCCCGCUGGAUGUCGCCCUCAGGCCGCCAUCCCCUCUGGAGGCGCUGGGGGUGCAGACUACUGCUGCAAUCAACUCCACCUCCUCCUCAACUGAGAACGCCAGCGCGCGCCGCCGCCUGCAGAACGGUGGCUCACUGUACGUGCCGCCUGAGCAGCGCCAGAGCCACAUCAUGGAGAGCCCCGCAGGCCAGAAGGUCAUCCGCUGGGCGGCUGCCAUCGUCAACCUGCAUGCGGCGGGAGCCGAGAUGUGGGGCCUGGAGCACUACAUGGAGUGGAUGAACCCCGAGUUCCCUGCCGACGUGGAGGCGCAGUGGCGGGCCGCCUGGGAGGCCGCCACCUCGGACGCCUCCCCCUCCGGGGUUCUGGUGGACUGGGGCGCGGAGGCUCCGCAGCUGCUGGGGGAGCAGUUCGCCCCGCUGGUCAACGCUACCGCACGACAGGCGCUGAUCGACAGGUGGAACGCCACCUUUGCCCAGCAGCCCGGCAGCAGUAACAGCAGCAGCAGCAGCAACAGCUUCCAGCCCGGCACAAUCAACCUGGAGCUGGUGCAGCGGGCGCAGCAGACCUACCUGAGCGAGACGCUGGCAGCACUGGACCAAGGAUACGCCAGUGUGUUUGACGCAAUCGACCAGAGUAUCAGCACCCUCAUCGCGCCCUACGUGGCCGGUACCGCGGGUGGCGGCGCCACGUGCGCGCGUGUGGUGGUGCAGCUGAGCCAGCAGCUGGUGCUGACGCGGCAGGCGUUCGAGGCCUCCCUGGAGCUGGACAACAGCGGCGGCGCCAGCAGCCUGAGCAACGUGACCGUGCAUCUGACGGCCUGGGUGAAGGACACCGGGGAGGCGGCCGGGAACGCGUUUGCGGUGGGGCUGCCGACUAUUGAGGGCAUGACCACCGACGAGAGCGGCCUGGUGCUCCCCGCUGGCGGUGUGAGCAGCAUGCGGUGGCUGCUGGUGCCGCGAGAGGCUGCAGCGCUGCAGGCGGACACAUGGUACUACGUUGGAGGCCAGGUCACCUACAUCCCCGGUCCCGGUCUGCCCGCCGAGGUGCUGCCGCUGGAGCCUGCUGACGUGCGUGUGUCGCCCGAGGGCCGGCUGGAGGUGCGCUACUACAUCGAGAAGGACGUGCAGGGCGACAACCCCUUCACCCCCGCCGUGGAGCCCAGUGUGCCCGCCGCACUGGUCACCCUGCUGCACAACGUGGGCAGCGGGGUGGCGCGGGGGGUGGCCAUGCAGUCGCUGCAGCCCAAGAUUGUGGAGAACGACAAGGGCCUCAUGAUCAGCUUCAACAUCGUCAACGUCACCGUUAAUGGCCUGCCGGCGCCAGCUGCUCUCCAGGCGUCAGUGGGCGACAUGCAGCCGGGCAGCACGUCCAUGGUGCAGUGGUGGAUCACCGCAUCGCUGCAGGGUACCUUCUCCGGCAUCAACGCCACCUUCAGCAGCCGCAACCCGCUCAACGACCCCACCCUCAGCACCGUCACCAACGUCACGCUGUACGACCUGCUGCACCUCGUGCACCUGGGCGGCGUCGCUGACGACGGCCUGCCCGACAUGCUGGUGUCCGCCCGCCCAAACUCCACCACCCCCGCCGCCAUCCACAGCAGCCGCGACGGCGCUAUCCUGCCGGUCUCCGUGGUGCCCUCCGCCGCCCUCACCAACAUCUCCACCAGCGGCCCCAGCGGCGCCCUCACCCUCACCAUCAGGGUGGACGGAACGCAGCUGACAGCGCCGCCUGUGUCGGCUGGCGGCAGCACUGGCAGCGGGUGGCAGUACCUGCGGAUCAGCAGCCCCCCGGCCCUGCAGCCCAGCAGCAGCUGGGUGCUGCGGUCCGCCACAGUCGCACCUGCGGGUGUAGGUGUCGCUGUUGCUGCUGCUGUUGGUCAAAGUGGCGGUACGAAGCUGAACCUGCCGUACAAUGCAUGGGCUUCAUAUCGCGUGUACGGCUCUGAUGCGGCAGCUCAGGAUUACGUCCACAUCUUGUACGAUGGGUACAGCUUGACAGGGGAGACGGUGCUCACGUUGGCGUUUGAGCUGGCAAGUCAACUGCCGUCUGAAUCUCAAACGCCCCCUCCCAGCCCUCAAGUCCCUUCCGCAAGCCCUCCGCUUCGUCCUCCCGAACCAGCGCCAACACCCUCUGCAAACCCUCCGCCACCACCUUCGCCCUCCCCUCCGCCACCACCCUCGCCUUCCCCUCCGCCACCACCCUCGCCUCACCCUCCACCACCCUCGCCUCCCUCUCCGCUGCCGCCCUCACCUUCCCCUCCACGACCACCCUCGGCUUCCCCUCCGCCGCCACCCUCGCCCUCCCCUCCGCCGCCACCCUCGCCUUCCCCUCCGCCACCACCCUCGCCUUCCCCUCCGCCACCACCCUCGCCUUCCCCUCCGCCACCACCCUCGCCCUCCCCUCCGCCACCACCCUCGCCCUCCCCUCCGCCACCACCCUCGCCCUCCCCUCCGCCACCGCCCUCGCCCUCCCCUCCGCCACCGCCCUCGCCCUCCCCUCCGCCACCGCCCUCGCCCUCCCCUCCGCCACCGCCCUCGCCCUCCCCUCCGCCACCGCCCUCGCCCUCCCCUCCGCCGCCGCCCUCGCCUUCCCCUCCGCCGCCACCCUCGCCGUCCCCUCCGCCGCCACCCUCGCCGUCCCCUCCGCCGCCACCCUCGCCCUCCCCUCCGCCGCCACCCUCGCCCUCCCCUCCGCCGCCACCCUCGCCUUCCCCUCCGCCGCCACCCUCGCCCUCCCCUCCGCCGCCACCCUCGCCCUCCCCUCCGCCGCCACCCUCGCCCUCCCCUCCGCCGCCACCCUCGCCCUCCCCUCCGCCGCCACCCUCGCCCUCCCCUCCGCCGCCACCCUCGCCCUCCCCUCCGCCGCCACCCUCGCCCUCCCCUCCGCCGCCGCCCUCGCCCUCCCCUCCGCCGCCGCCCUCGCCCUCCCCUCCGCCGCCGCCCUCGCCCUCCCCUCCGCCACCGCCCUCGCCCUCCCCUCCGCCACCGCCCUCGCCCUCCCCUCCGCCACCGCCUUCGCCUUCCCCUCCGCCGCCGCCUUCGCCUUCCCCUCCGCCGCCACCUUCGCCCUCCCCUCCGCCGCCACCCUCGCCCUCCCCUCCGCCGCCACCCUCGCCCUCCCCUCCGCCGCCACCCUCGCCCUCCCCUCCGCCGCCACCCUCGCCCUCCCCUCCGCCGCCACCCUCGCCUUCCCCUCCGCCGCCACCCUCGCCCUCCCCUCCGCCGCCACCCUCGCCCUCCCCUCCGCCGCCACCCUCGCCCUCCCCUCCGCCGCCACCCUCGCCCUCCCCUCCGCCGCCACCCUCGCCCUCCCCUCCGCCGCCACCCUCGCCCUCCCCUCCGCCGCCACCCUCGCCCUCCCCUCCGCCGCCGCCCUCGCCCUCCCCUCCGCCGCCGCCCUCGCCCUCCCCUCCGCCGCCGCCCUCGCCCUCCCCUCCGCCACCGCCUUCGCCCUCCCCUCCGCCACCGCCUUCGCCCUCCCCUCCGCCACCGCCUUCGCCCUCCCCUCCGCCGCCACCUUCGCCCUCCCCUCCGCCGCCACCUUCGCCCUCCCCUCCGCCGCCACCUUCGCCCUCCCCUCCGCCGCCACCUUCGCCCUCCCCUCCGCCGCCACCCUCGCCCUCCCCUCCGCCGCCAUCUUCGCCCUCCCCUCCGCCGCCACCCUCGCCCUCCCCUCCGCCACCGCCCUCGCCUUCCCCUCCGCCACCGCCCUCGCCUUCCCCUCCGCCACCGCCCUCGCCCUCCCCUCCGCCACCGCCCUCUCCCUUCCCUCCGCCACCACCCUCGCCCUCCCCUCCACCACCACCCUCGCCUUCCCCUCCGCCGCCACCCUCGCCCUCCCCUCCGCCGCCACCCUCGCCUUCCCCUCCGCCGCCACCCUCGCCCUCCCCUCCACCACCACCCUCGCCUUCCCCUCCGCCACCACCCUCGCCUUCCCCAUCUCCACCCUCACCAGUCCCUCCUUCUCCAUUCCCACCAAGCCCACCCCCCUUACCUCCACCCAGCCCCCAACCACCCUCACCACCCAGCCCCCAACCACCCUCACCACCCAGCCCUCCACCUCCACUUCAUCCGAGCCCCCCUUCGUUUGAGCCGCCCACCUCGCUCCUGGAGCCCGGAACGCCAGGAAUCCCGCCCGACGCUCCGCCUUCAAUCCCGGAGCCACCCUUAAUGCCACCGCCGCGCAGCCCCAAGCCUCCACGGUCGCCUCCCAAGCCCCCAAGGCCGCCACCAAAGGCUGCCAAGGCCCCUAAGACCCCCAAGGCGCCCAAGCUUUCCCCGUCGCCUCCAGCGCCUCCACGCCUCCCUUUGAGUCCCCAACCACCUCCACAGCAACCCCCCAGCCCUCCCCCACCGCCUCCAAGCCCCUCGCCACCACCUCCUAGCCCCUCUCCAUCGCCGCCUAGCCCUUCGCUCCCACCUCCCAGGCCCCCACCUCCAUCACCUGAGCCCCCACUCAAACCUGCCACACCUCCACCUCCGAAGAAGGGUUACAAGACGUCACCUCCUGCUAACCAGCAGUCUCCUCGACCGCCGCCCAAAGCCCCCAAGUCUCCCAAAGCCCCCAAGCCACCCAAAGCCCCCAAGGUCCCCAAGACCUCUGGAUAACCGAUAAUAGGUGGAUCAUAAGUGGAACCCCCUUCUCUAGCAGACAGCUAACCUAGUAGCAGCCUCAGCCAGCCUUGCCUUGGACUCGACGAUUCCUGCUGGUUCCCAUCUAAUACCUCCUUUUGUCAGGAAACAAUUCAACUGCAAAUACACAUACAUCUUUGUUGUUGGGUGCUGUUCUCCUGAGGCAGGCAAGGGUACUGCAUGCUUGCCAGUGCAGGCAGGGGUGAUACAUGCGACCUGAAGAAGGCUGUAGCUGUGAUUGCGCUAGGUGGUGUUGAUGGUGCAGAGGCAUCGGGUCGCCCUCGUAUUUAAAUAUGACGCGUGUAAGCACGAGAACAUUUGUGAGCGUGGGCAAAUGCUGAAGUCCGCAGUCUGUUGGCUGAGCUGCUUGUGUGCAUAUCGUGCCUUGGAGUGUUGGACUGUGUGUUCGGUGCUAUUUGUUUGGUGUUAGGCGUUGUUGACACAUGUACCAAGUUGCAUCUCAACCGCUUUCGUAUAUCGGUUGUUGACCACCCAGACAAAUAGUACACAUGCUUGUUAGUGACUUACACUCCUAAGGGCCUUACGUCGUUCUGCUGUGACAAGGAUUGAGCCUUACUUCGUUUUACUGUGACAAAAAUGGUGUUCUCCGUAAUUGCAAUCUUAUCCGUUGUAGCAUAUUGUCUAAAAAGCCCUGACCAGUGCGUGUUAGGAUAGUGUGAGCUACUGCCUUGCCGUACUGCUUCCCGAGGUACCCACCCCAGCUUUCCCCACCGAAUGCGGUCACUCCCCGACAGACGGACACUCCGGGCACUCGGGACACUGAAGGUAGCUCCAGCUCUCAGGCACCGUUCUGCGCAGUGCGUGCCUUAAUCGGCCUGGCAUCGCCCCGAAUGAGGGGUUAAGGUCCUGUCGCGCCCCGUUACCGGCAUGUGCAUUCUACCGGCAUGCCCGUACGGUCAUAGUGCAUGUCUCGCAGCUUGUUUGUGUUAUGGGCGUAGUUCAGCGUAUGUAUGUUACAAGCUGUUGUGCUAGCGCCUUUACCUUGGGUGCUGCCGGUUUCUAGUAGUUGUGAGUACGGCGUAUCGGGCAUAUCUGCCGUACAGCCGCCGCUCCUCUUAGACCGCGCAGCCCCGUGACUCGGGGCUGCGCACCUCUCGCAACCAACGCAAGCAUGUAACGACGGUGUUUGA